ACCCCACUGCCACCUACACAUUACCCGACGCCUCCGACACCGAGUUCAACCAGGUCAAGACCCUCUUCCUGGGGAAGGUCUUCGAGACUGGUGAUAUCGACCCUGUCCUGAUAGAGAAGUACAACACGCCAGGUUUCGUGGGCUGCCUGUCACGAGUGCAGUUCAACAACGUUGCCCCCCUGAAGGCGGCCCUUAGGUACCGAGGCCCCUCCUCCACCACAGGCUCCGCCUACUCACCCUCGUCAGGCCCCGCCUCUUUACCCGUCACCCACCAAGGCAAGUUGGUGGAGUCCAACUGCGGCGCGUCGCCACUCACCAUUCCACCCAUGUCGGCCGCUACAGACCCCUGGCAGGUGGACGCCGGAGCUCCCGGGUUCCCGUUCAACGAGGAAAGAGUCAUACCUGAUGGAGUCAAUAGAAACUCAGCAAUAAUUGGAGGUAUAAUUGCCGUGGUGAUAUUCACCAUCCUCUGCACGCUGGUGUUCCUGAUUCGCUACAUGUUCCGCCACAAGGGCACCUACCACACCAACGAGGCCAAGGGGGUGGAGUCUUCGGAAUCCGCCGACGCAGCCAUCAUCGGGGCGGAGCCUCCCUUCACGGAGACCAUCGAGGAGAGCAAGAAGGAAUGGUUCAUCUGAGAAACCAACCAAUCCAGCGCCACCGCCACCACCGCCGACCGCACGAAAACACUGCGUGCACGCGCGAUAAUGAACGAACAAAGUGACCAUACGCUCGCUCGCACGCGCAAGCUCUGCCUAUUCUCUGUAUCUGUCUGAGUGUUGGAACGUG